CGAUUACGCAGAUAUAGAUACCAUAUGAUUCAUAACUAUUAGUCACUAAUACCAAGUAAUUUAUAUACUAUAUAUCUAUAUAUAUAUACUAAAUUGAUAUAGAAAUCGUAUAAUUGACUUAGUAAUUCAAUUGCAUAGUUAGUACCACAAUUGCUUCACCCAUUGAAGAAUUUUAUAGUGAAAUACAUUAGGUUAAGUACUAUCAGGAGAUAAGACCGACCCUUUUAAAGACUAAACACUAAAGUAUAAAAUUUAUAACAAAACAAAAACAAUGACAGAACUGGAUCAAGUAAUUACUUCCUUAUUGGAUACUGAUCUUUAUAAGUUAUUUAUGCAUGCUGCAGUUCAUCAACAUUUCCCUAAUGUUAAUGUGGUAUAUAAAUAUACUAAUCGUACUCCAUCAAUGAUACUUAAUCAAGAAGCCAUUAGUUGGUUAAAAUAUCAAAUUAAUUUAUUAGGUAAUUUAACCUUUAGUAAUGAAGAAAUUGAAUAUAUUAAACAAUCAUUACCUCAAAUGCCUUUAGCUUAUACUGAAUAUUUAAAGACUUUUAAAUUAGAUCCUCAAAAUCAAAUCAAAUAUUCAAAUGAUUAUGAUAAUCUUGAACAAUUUCAAUUAGAAGUUGAAGGUAAUUGGGAUCAAACUAUCUUAUAUGAAAUUCCUAUAUUAGCAUUAGUAUCAGAAGCUUAUUUUAAAUUUGUUGAUACAGAUUGGAAUUAUGAUGGACAAGUUGAAUUAGCACAAAUUAAAUGUAAAGAAUUAUUUAAUAAUGAAUGUAAUUUUAGUGAAUUUGGUACUAGAAGAAGAAGAUCCUUUAAAGUUCAAGAUUUAGUAGUUAAAUCAUUAAAAGAGUAUGCAGAAUUAAAUCCAUCUCAAUCUAAAUAUUUAGCCGGUACAUCAAAUGUACUUUUAGCCAAGAAAUAUAAUUUAUCAGCAAUUGGAACUGUAGCUCAUGAAUGGUUUAUGGGAGUUGCAUCAAUUAGUCAAGAUUAUAUUAAUGCGAAUAAAUUAUCAAUGGAUUAUUGGAUUCAAACAUUUGGUACUCAUUAUGCAGGUUUGGCAUUAACUGAUACUUUUGGUACAGAUUCAUAUUUAAAAGCUUUUAUUAAACCAUAUACUGAUUAUUAUACAGGGGUAAGACAAGAUAGUGGAGAUCCUGAAUUAUAUGCAGAAAAGAUUGCCAAUCAUUAUAAUAAAUUAGGGUAUGCACCAUUUUCAAAAGUUAUAUGUUUUAGUGAUUCAUUAAAUAUUGAGAAAUGUAUAAACUAUAAACAUAAAGCUGAUCAAUUAGGAUUAAAGGCGACAUUUGGGAUAGGAACAUUCUUUACUAAUGAUUUUAAAUCUAGUAAAAAUCCAUCAAUUAAAUCUCAACCCCUUAAUAUAGUUAUAAAAUUAAGAAAAGCCGGAGGUUAUGAUAGUAUUAAGAUUAGUGAUAAUUUAGGUAAAAAUAUGGGGAAUCCUGAAAUUGUCUCGAAUGUUAAGAGAAUACUUGGUUAUGAAGAAAGACAAUGGGAAGAGGGUGAUGAGACUAAGAGAUGGAAUGGAUCAGAAAGAAAUGUCGACCAGAAUCGAGCCGAGGAUCAAUUAAAAAAAUGGGAAAUUAUACCUGGUUAUCAUUAUUUACUUCAAGAAAUAUAUUUAAAGGUUGAAAUCCCCUUACAAGUUAGAUGGUUAUCUAUAAUUUGUUUUAAAAAUGGAAUUGAUAAAUAUUGGAGAUCUUCUCGUCAAUAUGCUAUUUCUAAACAAGAAAAGGAUCAAAUUAGGAGUAGAGUAUUCUUAUUAUUAAAUGAACAAAAUAAUCAAUUAACUAUACAAAAUGCUCAUUCAAUUGCAAGAAUUUCAAGAUUUGAUUUCCCCAGUGAAUGGCCAAGUUUAUUUGAUGAUGUGGCAAAGAAUUUAGAAGAAUUUGUAUUUAAAACAAAUGAUAUUAUAUCAACUAAUAAUUUAUUAAUUAUAUUAAAUAGAAUUAUUAAAACAAUUUCAGUGGUAAGAAUUGGUAGAUCAAGACAUGCAAUGCAAGCUAAAGCUCCAUUAGUAGUUAAUAUAUUAAUUAAAUUAUAUCAAAAAUUCUUUCAAUUAUGGACAAGAAAUAUGGAUUUAUCAUUAAUGGAAGUUUGUUAUCUUUGUUUAAAAAAUUUAAGAAGAAUUAUUCCUGAAGGUUAUGAACAACCUCAUAAAAAUCAAGAUGUUGUAGAAUUUUUAAAUACAACAGUUGAUCAUCUUCAAUUAUUAAUUGAUAAUCAUGAUAAAUAUUCAUCUGAUUUAUUAGAACGUUAUGUUAAAUGUUAUUGUAAAUUAUAUGUAACAUUAAUUACAACAAAUCCAACAAGUUUUAUUUUAUUACCAAGUUGUCAAAAAAUUUUAAAUACAUUUAUUUCAUUAUUAUAUCAAAAGGCAGAAUAUAUUUAUAAUAGUUCAGAAGAGAAUGAUUUUUGGGAAAUUUUAGCUUUAAAAGCUUUUAAUAUUUAUAAACAUUUAGUGAAUUAUAUUUAUAGAAAGGGGGCUAUAACUUUAAAACAAAAGAAUGAUAAAAUUGAAGUAACUAAUAGUUUAAAUAAAUUAACUAAUGAAUUCUUUACUCCUGAUUUUAUUAAACAAUUUUGUGAUUUAAUAAUUACUUGGUAUCUUCGAUUAAAACCUUCUGAUUUAGAAAGUUGGACUCUUGAACCUGAAGAAUGGUGUAAUGAAGAAUUUUCUAAACAAUGGGAAUAUCAAAUAAGACCAUGUGCCGAGAAUUUCUUUCAAGAUUUAAUGCAAUAUUUUAAAGAUGAUUUAACUGAUUUUGUUAUAAAUAAAAUUUCUAAUGGUUUAUUAGAAAGUGGAUCAGUUGAUAAAAUAUUAAUUAGAGAUUCUAUUUUAAGUACUUUUCAACUUUCAGCUUAUUCAAUAGCUGAUAAUGUUAAUUUUGAUAAAUUAUUAAUUGAAGUAUUUAUACCAGAAGGUAUGAAAAAUGAUUUAAUUGAAAAUAAAAUAAUUAAGAGAAGAGUUUGUUUAAUUAUUAAUGAUUGGGUAGGUAUUCAAUGUAAUCGAGAAAGUAGAGUUGAAAUUUAUAAAUUAUUACUUAAUUUUUUACAAAUUAGUAAUGAUAAAGUAGUUAAAUUUUCGGCUAUUCAAUCUUUAAGAACAGUUAUUGAUGAUUGGGAUUUUAAUAAACAUGAUUUUCAACCUUUCUUAAAUUUAUUUGUGGAAUUAUUAUUAAAUUUACUUGAUGAAUUAAAAUUAACUGAAUCUAAAUUAUAUAUAUUUGAUACAUUAGCCGUAUUAAUUCAAAGAUGUAAUCCAUUAGUUGAUCAUCAAACAUUAAUUAAUAUUUUAAUAAUUAUUCCAAAAUAUUGGGAAUUUAGUACCGUUAAUAAUGAACAUAUUUUAAAGAAUUCAUUACUUCGAGUAUUAAAAAGUUUAACAAUUUCAUUAAAUGAAAAUUCAAUUGAAACUCAUUCAAUUUCAAUUCCAUUAAUUAGAAAUUGUUGUGGAUCAGAUUUAAAUGAUUUAUAUGCUAUAUGUUCAGAAGAUGGUUAUGAAUUAUGGUUAUCAUUAUUACAAUAUUGUCCUCAAUCUCAAUUAAAUAAUUCUGAAAUUUUAAAUUUAUUUGAUUUAAUUUCAAUUGGAUUAUUAAAUUCAACAGAAAUUUUACCAAUUAUAUUAUCAAUUUUAAGAAGUUAUUCAUUAUAUUCUCCAAAUUUAUUUAAUUCAGAAAUUGGAUUAGAAUUAUUAAAAAUUUUAAGUGGAUAUUUAUCUACUAUGAGAGAUGAUUCAUUUCAAAUAUUUAUAUCAUUAAUGGAUAUUUUAAUUCUUGAAAAUUAUCAAUCUCAAGAAUUUAUAACUAAUUUAGUUAAUAGUAAUAUGUUUUUAAAUAUGGUUGCUUAUGUAAUUGAUGAAAAUCAAUCAAUUAUAUCUGCUUCUAAAUUAUUAAUUAUAUUAUCAAGAUUAGGUAAAUCAUCACCUGAAGUAUUAUUUAAAUUAUUUGAAUAUCAUUCAAAUAUUGAUAUAGAUCAAUUAUUUAAAAUAUGGUUACAAUAUUUUAAAUCAAUUGGUAAUCCUCGAAAUAAAAAAAUUAAUUUAUUAGCAUUAAUUUCCAUAGUUAUAUAUGGAAUUCCUAAAAAUAUUCCUAUUUCAUUACAGAUUUAUUCAGAAGUUAUUAGAAAAUCAUUUUUAUUUCUUGAAGAAGUUAAUGAAUCAACUACUGGGGUUUGUGAUGCAUAUAAACAAGAUUUUACUUAUGAAGAUCUUGAUGAUUAUGCCUAUUUAGAUCCAGAUAUUAAACCUCAUGGUGAAAAGAUUAGGUAUGAAAUUUUACUUGAAAAACUGGAUCCAGUAUAUACAGUAAAUUUACAAUCAUACCUUAAAGAUGCCAUUAUUCUGUUAAAAUCUCAACUUCAACCGGCAGAUUUCAAUCAGGUGAUGAAUCUUAAUGAUGAAUAUAGUUUAGAAAAGCUUAAGUCUUUAGUAUAGGUAUCUAUAUAUGGAUAUGUAUAGAUAAAUCAUUAGUGUAAAUAGGAAUAAGAUAGACUGAUUGCAAAAAAAAAUGUGUGUGUGUGUGUGCGAAUACUCUAUUUCGUGUGCUGCGGCAUGGAU